AGGUCACCACGCGGAGGUCCGGCGAGCCGCUGUGGGCCCCCUCCCUCGGGGAAGGGUCGAGAACUCACCCCUCCUGUGAUCCCGAGCCCGGCCGCGCGCUCCCUCGACGGGGUGACUCCCCAGGCGGUCCCUGCGUAACCUCGGGCGGGUCGCGGGUCUUUAUCCGUCCUUGGCUCAGCCCCGUCCCCCGCCCGGGCUUAACCGGCCGACGGGCGGGCAGGCCACCGCCCUACACAUCUCGACCUGUGCACAGGUUGACGUGCCCGGUGUAUGCAAGUCAGGUUCCCACGGGUGACCGAGCACACCCGCCUCCUGGGAGCUUACAGUUAAGUGGGGACGGACGGCAUGUGGCUGCAUGAUGCCCAACUGGAAUUUUCGGAGGGCGCCUCACUUUACCCUGAGAGACUCGAUUUCCUUGUCUAAAAUGAUGGGAGAGGACUAGAUGACCUCCGGGGUCUGUGACCUUAUGUUAUAAUAUAGGAUGAGAGAGGUCUGGUGACCAUGGCUGCCACAGACAUGUGUCCUCAGUACUGCAUCUCCUUGGCUGAUGUUAGGAGAGCUCAUUCAGAAAUCGAGAGCCUCAUCCAUGUCACCCCCAUCCUUACAAGUUCCAUUUUGAAUCAGUUGGCUGGCCGGAGACUUUUCUUCAAAUGUGAACUCUUCCAGAAGACUGGGUCCUUUAAGAUCCGGGGGGCCCUCAAUGCCAUCCGGAGCUUGACCUCUGACACUUCAGAAAAUGGGAAGAAACCCAAAGCUGUGGUCACUCACAGCAGUGGGAACCAUGGCCAGGCACUCAGCUACGCAGCCAGACUGGAAGGAAUUCCUGCCUAUAUUGUGGUCCCAAGAACAGCUCCUUCCUGUAAGAAAUCAGCCAUCAGGGGGUAUGGAGCCACCAUAGUAGACUGUGAGCCCAACGAUGAGUCGAGAACAGCUGUGGCAGCAAGAAUUAUGCAACAAACUGAAGGGACAAUGGUACACCCCAACCAGGCCCCAGCUGUGAUGGCUGGCCAGGGCACCAUUGCUCUGGAAGUGCUCAAGCAGGUUCCCAAGAUGGAUGCCCUAGUGGUACCUGUAGGGGGUGGAGGGAUGAUCUCAGGAAUAGCAGUUACAGUCAAGGCUCUGAGACCAGAGGUGAAAGUGUAUGCGGCUGAGCCUCUUAAUGCAGACGACUGCUUCCAGUCGAAGCUUAAAGGGAAACUAACCCCUAACCCCUCUCCACCAGACACCAUAGCAGAUGGGGUUAAAUCAAGCAUUGGGCCCUCUACUUGGCCUAUUAUAAGGGACCUGGUGGAUGAAGUCUUCACGGUGACAGAGGAUGAAAUUAAGAAUGCCACCCAGCUGGUGUGGGAGAGGAUGAAGCUCCUCAUUGAGCCUACAGCUGCAGUGGGAGUGGCCGCUGUGCUGGGCAAGCACUUCCAGAAGGUGGGGCCCAACGUGCAAGAUGUCUGUGUGGUUCUCAGUGGGGGGAACGUUGAUUUGACCUCCCUGAGAUGGCUGGAGCAACCGAAGCAUGAGGAGGCUCAGCUGCCUCUGAACUAGUAAGAGAUGCCUUUACUAAGACCCCAGCCCAGCCCCCUCCCAGUCCCUUUCCUUCAGGAACCCCCAAGGGAGGAGAGAACUUCAGCCCUUACUCCAUGUCCACUUCUAGCCCUGGGGAGGCAACUUCAUCUUUUGACCAGGGCCUGGGCUCUGGCACAUAGGGAUCAUAUGUCCACUUGGGAAAGACGCGUUUAUACAGAUUCAUCAACACAGUGUCCUGAGAUUUCAGCUGUCCAUCAAAUGUGCACUUCAUAUGGCCAUGAGUUCCUGGAAAACAAAGAUCAAGCUCAGGGUGGUAGCCCUGGACAAGUUGCUUUAUCUCCACCUCCAUUUCCUCCUCUAAAAAUGGGGAGGGAGGGUACGUGGCCUCAAGGUCCCUCCAGCUCUGAAAACUUAUACAAGCAGGAGGGCCCAGCUCUCCUGGAGAAAGCCCCCUUAGCAGUGCAGCUGCGCCUGCUCACCCAGCACCUGGCCAAGAUCACACCCUAACCCAACAGCAGGAAGUGCCCUGGCACGUGCUCAGCCACCAGAAAUGAAGGCAUUUCAAGGGACCAGCCUUCGGGCACCCAAACUUACCAAGUGGCUCUUUGAUGUGUCCUCUGCGACCCCACUUGGUUCUCAAUUCCACUGGUUUAAACCACAGCACAUCCUCUAAGAUUAAAAAUAAACAAUGAAGAAGUA